GGCGAGGGACGUCUUCCGCCCCCCGCGCGCUGAUUGGCUGCAGGGUGGGGGGCGACCGGCGACUUCCGGGAGUGCCGGCGGCGGCGGCGGCGGCGGCGGCGCUCCGGGCCCCCGCCGGCACCAUGAGCACCGAGACGCUGGUGAAGGACGUGAAACCGGGGCUGAAGAACCUCAACCUCAUCUUCAUCGUGCUGGAGACGGGCCGGGUGACGAAGACGAAGGACGGGCACGAGGUGCGGACCUGCAAAGUGGCCGACAAGACGGGCAGCAUCAACAUCUCCGUGUGGGACGACGUGGGGAACCUCAUCCAGCCCGGGGACAUCAUCCGCCUCACCAAGGGAUACGCCUCCGUCUUCAAGGGCUGCCUGACCCUCUACACGGGGCGCGGGGGCGACCUGCAGAAGAUCGGCGAGUUCUGCAUGGUCUACUCCGAGGUGCCCAACUUCAGCGAGCCCAACCCCGAGUACGCGGCGCAGCAGGCGCAGAGCAAAGGGGCCCAGAACGAGAGCGCGAGUCCGGCCACUUCGCAGCCCAGCCAGGGCCCCCCCGCGGCGUCCCCCGCCCCCGACAGCCCCAACGGGAACGGGCUGAGCCCGGGGGGUCCCGCGCACCCCCCCGCCGCCCCCCAGCACCCCCCCAGCGGCCGCAUCACCCGCAGCCAGCCCGGCCACCCCGGCCCCCCCGCCGGCCCCGUCAGCAACGGCAAGGAGACGCGGAGGAGCAGCAAGAGAUAACGGCCCGGGACCCCCCCGCUGCGGUCUGGGGGGGGUCCCCGGCCCCGAGCAGCCCCCCGGGGCAAGGAGGGGGCCGCCCGGGCCCCGCUGCCCCCCGCUCACGUGCCUCUGGGCCAGCCGGGCUCGGG